CUGCCACACUGAACUUAACGGUAUAGCUGGACAAAUCCUACAACAUUAAACAUACCUGAGAGCUCACAAACCUAUGCUGCCUGCCUGACAGAAUCUGCAUUAGGCACUAGCUGUUUUCAUUCCUCUGAAGCAAAUUUGGUAAAUUCUUCUUGUAUUCCAUGUAUAAAAAUGAAUGCUUCCAAUCAUUGCUUGAAUGAUGGCACUACACAGUUUUGACUGAUGAAGUGGGUAAGAGAUAUUUAGAUGAUAUAGCUGGACCUUUUCCAUCUCUGUAUUUUUUGGUUUCUCACUGUUCUACUCUUUUCUUUUCAUCUGGAAAUUAGUUUGAAGUAUAGCUGUUGCUGAAGUGUGUAAACCUCAAAGACACACGCCAUGCUGCCAGAGUGUACCUCUGACAGAGAAACAUUUAAUUCCUGUUCUUUGUAUCAUUUGGGAAAAAGGUGGGGAGAAUAUUUGAAAGCAUUGGGAAAGAGUAAGAGAACUGGAGUAUUUAUUUAAUAUUGUUUUGCUGUUAUCCUAUGCAGCUAUAUUUCUUGAAUUUAGCUGUAGGAAAGCUUACUUUACAAUCUAGCAUCCCAUUAUUUUUCUGAAAUGGCAAAAAAUGUUGUUUUCUGUAGGCCAGCCUUUUCCUGAGCAGAACAGUCAGGUGGAGAGUUCAAAACUGCAGUUGCCAAAAGAAAUAAUUGGUAAAGGCCCACUUAACUUCAGCAAGGAGAAUUUUUUCACUAUAUUAGGAAGUGUUUUUUUAAUUGAAAUGACUUUUUAUCAAAGUGUUCAUACAAAUGCACACAGAUGCAGGCACUCCCAGCAGCUUAGGGCAUAGAAUACGACCUGUUUAUAGCUCUAAUCCAAAAUUUUCUGUAACAUUUACGCAUAAAAUUGUGGUUUAAAAAAAAGCCACUCUAUUUAAAAUGUUUACAAGAAAUAUGAACCCUGUUUCAGAUAUACCUGAAAUGGUUCUCAAAGUAGCAUAUUCCCUCCAUCUCCUGACAAAUAUCUCCUUUUAGCCUUUUUUAAUAUCUUAUUCCAAUCUGCUUCUCUCUCUGCUCUGCAGUUUUGAGCUCUGGUGAAGUCUGUCCCUAAAGCCGCCUAGAGCUGAUAGCUGCUUUUACAUUCUGGCUAUCCCUUAUUCACUGUGUGUUUGGGGGAAAAAAAGUUUAAGUCAUUUCAAAGCUUUCCUCAUGAAUUAUUUCUAGAGGAAGCAAAGCUUCAUCGCCUUCUCAGGGAACACAUGCCUUUGGUGUUUUGGUUUCUGUGAGAAAUGCAAGAAAGCAGCUCUAGAACUAGCUGUUCCUGCUUAUGCCUGUUGCAAAGGGAAGGACACCAGCCUGGUCACAGAAGCCCAGACACCAGAGUCCCGUACCAGCUUCCUUCAUGGUAUUCAUCAAGUCUCUUGAUUUGUAUGCCCUGCUCUUAGGAAUAGGGUUUUAUCUUAAAUGUUUGAUUUUAGUGAUGUGCUGGAUUUUCAGUAAUAUCUGGUUUUCUGAAGAAGAAAUAAGUCACCUUUGACCAGAAAUGGAAAACUUCAGUAUAGAAGAUGACAGUACAACAAAAAAAGGUAACACUGCUUGGCUGUGGCAUGGUGCUGAAGCCCCUCUCCUGGGAGGCACGAGUUUCAAAGGCCAUGAAGACUCUAAGACAUGGCUAAAAAUCUUCUGCUGUACCUGAGAAAAUGAAUGUCCUCCCCUGAAGAGUGAGACUGGGAGUGAAUUUGGACUGGGUUGUUCUUUCCACAGAAAGGACUCCAGGAAAGGGUGAACCUAGGAUGAAAAUGUGCAGAGAUUUCCAAGGACCUGGUCAGGCAGUCUGUUGUCAGACCCAUGUGCUCUAGGAAGCAGCAUGUGUGAAUAGUCUGUUGGAUGUGAAACACCUUUGAACCUCACUGUGUCGUCAGAGGUUCUGAGACUGCAAAGACGGUGUACACUACUGGAAUUGUGUAUAAUUUUUCCUCUGGAAGCUAAUGUUUAUGGAAAAAGUUGUAAGAGUGUAGGAGAAAGAGGCUCUUGAAGAGCAGGCCUGCUCUUCUUAUCGUGUUACAGCAUCUCUGAAGAGCUCAGCUUUACAAACAUGACGCCAAGAAGAGCCUGUGAGGUUUUGAACAUGGGCACCCAGCCACACGCUGUGACCAAGGCAGAGAUCCCUGACUAUGUUCUUUACACCGUAGGAACAUGUGUGCUCAUUAUUGGCUUCAUUGGCAUCAUUGGAAACCUCCUAGUCCUCUACGCAUUUUACAGCAACAAGAAAUUGAGGACACCCCAAAACUACUUCAUAAUGAAUUUGGCUGUGAGCGACUUCCUGAUGUCAGCUUCUCAGGCACCCAUGUGCUUUGUCAACAGCUUGCACAGAAAGUGGAUACUUGGAGAAAUAGGCUGUGAUUUGUACGCUUUCUGUGGGGCACUCUUCGGAAUAACCUCAAUGGUGACUUUAUUAGCUAUUUCUGUUGACCGCUACCUUGUGAUCACUAAACCCCUGCGAUCCAUACAGUGGACUUCAAAGAAACGCACCAUGCAGAUCAUCGCUCUUGUGUGGCUGUACUCACUUGGAUGGAGUGUGGCUCCGCUCUUGGGGUGGAGUUCCUAUGUGCCUGAGGGCUUGAUGAUAUCCUGUACAUGGGACUAUGUAACCUACUCCCCUGCAAACAGAAGUUACACCAUGAUUUUGUGUUGCUGCGUUUUUUUUAUUCCCCUGAUAAUAAUAUUCCAUUGUUAUUUAUCUAUGUUCCUGGCCAUAAGACGUACUGGCAGAGAUGUUCAAAGGCUGGGGUCCUGCAGCCAGAAAUCCUACCUUUCUCAGUCCAUGAAGAAUGAAUGGAAACUGGCAAAAAUUGCUUUUGUGGUCAUCAUUGUGUUUGUCUUGUCCUGGUCUCCAUAUGCUUGUGUCACCUUGAUUGCCUGGGCGGGUCGAGGCGACACCCUAACACCAUAUUCCAAAUCUGUGCCAGCAGUUAUUGCAAAAGCUUCUGCAAUCUACAACCCCAUCAUAUAUGCAAUAAUUCACCCAAGAUACAGAAAAACCAUCCACAAUGCUGUUCCCUGCUUGAGGUUCCUAAUACGAAUAUCGAAGAAUGACCUCCUGAGAGGCUCCAUAAAUGAGUCAUCAUUCAGGACCUCUCUCUCCAGCCAUCAGUCUCUUGCUGGCAGGACCAAGAGCACUUGUGUUUCGUCAGUUUCCACUGGAGAAGCUACCACUGACGACACAAUGAUGCAUGAAAGUAUCAACUGUGAUGAUUUCAUAAACCACAAAUUACCCAGAUUAUCCUUGCAAUACGAGACCUGGAGCGAUGUAGAGCUUGACCCGGUAGAGCCAGCUCAUAAGAAACUGCAGCCUCACCGAAGUCAUUCUUUCUCAACAAGUCUGAGACAGGAGAAGAAAGUCCUGCUCCCAAAGACCUGGAGCUGUGAUGCAGCAAGUGCAGAAAAGGUUUCACUCUCCUCCAGCUGUUUGGAGAAGGUGUUUGGGCAGCCAGUCCUAUACAGUCCCUCUGCAACACUCAUGAACAGCUGCCUAAGAACAGCUUCUCUGCCUGUCCAUUUGAAUAGCAGCAGUGUCAGCAGAGGAGGAGACUCAGGCACUUCACAUCUGGCAACUCAAGAAAGUCAAGUUAAUGGAGUCCUGGGCUCUAUCAUUAGCAAUAUAGUCCCCCGCAUCAUCAUCAUUCCUACCUCAGAGACCAACCUAUUUCAAGAGGAACUGGAAGAGGAAGAGACUGAAUUAUUCCAGUUUCAUAACAAAAAGGGAAAUCUGCUGGACUUGGAAGGGCUUAGCUCAUCCAUGGAGUUCCUUGAAGCUGUUGAGAAAUUUCUAUCGUAAGUUUGUCAGAAGAAAACUUUCCGGUAAUUAUUUUCUUGGCAUCUUCUCCACUUAAUUAUACCAAAUAACCAAAGCCUUGUAGGUUAGAUCAUCAGGCUUUUUGUAUGUUUAUACAGUAGUCACUAGGCAGCCUUCAGAUUUAUCUUUGUCCAGACCAGUUCAGGCGUGGAAACAGGCUUUCAGAUUGUGCUGCAGGAAAUGAGCAGUGGAAGAUCUGGCAGCAAGAUUGAGUGGCAUCGGUCAAGUUGGCCGCCUGCUUUGGUGGGGCCCUGAUUUGUAACCACAGAGAGAGGUGCCAGCAGAAGGAAAAAUGACUGAGCAGGAGCAGGGGCAGCUACUGAAUGUUUCUGCUACCUGUGCAGCUCUCUUCUGGGUGGUGAUAGGAAGCCCCACAAGACCACUGCUUCCACCAGCCCCAGCAGUAAUGCAAAUGGCUAGAUGAUGUGAACUGGUUUUUAAUCAAAUUAUUUUCAGCAUUGCUUUUGUUGUGUUUUGGUUUUUUAAAUAGGCAGCUUGCUAGACAUAAAUAAAUUGAUGGUAUAACUGGGAAGUGACUGCUUGCCUUUAAAAGUUAGUGCUAGAAGUCUGGAUUUUACUUCAGUGUUAGCAUGAUCACCUGAAUGUCCAAAGGCAAGGUGCUAUACCCUAAAACAUACACUACUACUUGUAGAAGCAUUUAGAGCACCUUCAGAGUUACAAUCUUGACUAAAUAUGGGUGUAUCCUAAUGAGUCUGUGAUUUAAAGGGUGAAUGUUCACAGCUGGCUUGACAAGUCAUUGAUAAAAAUAAAGCCUUGGCUGCUACGUAUCACUUGUCUCUCCAGAGGAGAUUCUUCUCUUCUCUAAAACGACCCAGCAGAUGUCUUCUACAGGUCAUUUACCAGAGGCCUUCAGAGCAGGUAAAACAUCAUAUCCAGCAGACAACUCCACAGUACUGUGGUGUUUGCUACAGGAUUUGUGCUCACAUCGUUACCUGUGGUUACUGAUUGUGUUUAUUUUAUCUGUGCUUCACAUUAUGGGUCAGGUUCACAAGACUCUCAUAGCAUUUUAUUCCCAACUGCAUUCCUCCUUUUGUUACUCAUUUUCCUGUGUUCUCCACAUCCUCCCUUUCAGUCUCUGACUUUAACUGUAGAUAACUUAAACUAUGUUGUUCUCCACAUAAUAUCAGUAUAGCUUAGUAGAAAGCAGGCAUUUCUCUGGAUAUAAUAGUGCAAAUGUUUGAUCCAGCGAGUCUAGUAGCUUUCAGACAUCCACGAGAGGGAGAGUUUAUGUUCAGAGUCUCAGUUUAUUCCCUUGACUGUAUCCUAGAUCACACAGAGACCACUGAGAGCAUUUCCAAGUUUUGUGUAUGCACUGGCUGGUCUUGAAAGGUAAUUUCUCUUUUCCUGUUCUCCUGAUGCAAAAAAACAGAUGGAAAGCAUAGCAGUAUUUUUUAAAACAAUUUCUUUGUUAAAAAAUAAGACAGCACAAAUCUUGUUUGCCGCUAGCUAGACAGGAACACCACUGAAGAACAAACUGAAAUCCAAUGCCUCCAAACUUGCAGACCCGAGGCUUUGCAGGGUGUCAGCACAGCAGACCUUCAAGAGGUCCGAGACACUUGCUUUUGGUACAGGCUGUGCUCUUUCUAGGGAAAAAAAAUCCACUGCUGGGUUACAGAGGUGAUUGCUGAGACAGGCUGCCUAUUGCAAUGCUAGCACUCUUAAUGCUGCUAUUAUUUGAGGUACUCUGCUGUCUAGAGACCCUCAUCAGAAAUGUGGCCAACAUACCUCCUUACCUUGUAGAGAAGAGGGGAAAAGGGUGGUGGAGCCACAUCAUGUGUGUAGUCGUCUGCAUGCAGCCCUGGUGCACGGGGCCAGGGCUCGGCCAGGGCAGCACCGCGCUGCAGUACCUUUGGCUGAGUUGCCGAAAGCUGUGCCCAUCAGGUGCCGGGUCAGGAAUCAUGCCGAGGUCAGCUGCAAUCAGUUCAGCACUCCAAAGGUAAUUCCUGCAUUUGAGGACUGGCACAGUGAGCAGGCAGCGGGGGGCAGCUGCUGGGGACUGCGAUGGGGAUGUGCUCGCCUGCAGCUCCUUGGUGCCAGGUGUUCCUGUGUGGGGUUUUGGCCACAAUGAGUAAUAAAAUGUUAAUUAAAUGCAAAGUUCAUAGAAAAUGAAAGAGGCUUAAUCCCAGGGUAAGCAUACUGUCCUGUCAUCUCUGAUUCUUUUCAUUUUGUUGAUGAACCUGUCCUGUCUGAUUUGGUGGGGGUUUUUUCCUAUGUCAGCUGUGCAGUGACCAACCUUCUUGCUUGUAAUAUCCUCAGCUGCUGUAUCUCCUUUCUUCUUGAGCCAGAUGUUGCUUAGCAAGUGUUCUUAUAAGGCUUAUACCUGACUUUUACUGUUGUAAUUACUCCAAAUAACAAUAAGAAAAUGUAUUUGCUGUUCCAAGAUAUAAAAACAUGCCCUAGAGCAGAUUUUGCACUCAAGAUGUUGACAGACUUGUACUGGUGAGGCUGUAGGCAGGAUAUUGCCGUAGUUUCUGAUGGGAUGAAGAAAGUAAGACCCAAAGUAACAGCCAACAAACUCCUCUUUACCCAGACAAAGUUUUGCAUUCUACUUAGUCUACAAGAUGACUUUCCAGUGAUCUCUUGCAUAUGUGCUGGUACUAAAAAAGUGUCUCAGAAAACUAGUGGGCUUGAGGUACAUGCGAGGAAGUGUUUCACUUGUACACUGUUAAUGUCAUAUACAAUUAGUACCACUGCUUCUGAAGCUAAUGUCAAGUUUACUGUUUACUUCAACUGAUGUAUGCUAGAAUGCCAAAUGACAUAGCGGUAGAGAGAUAAAACAUAAAGUUGUAUGAAAUACCAGUUAGACUUACUACGUUCAUUGUGAGAUUUUUGCAGAAACAUCAGUCACAGAGUAGAAGAGUCUUAAAUUGACUACCACAAUGCAGAAAAACUUCAUAAACUUCUUUGCUGCCACAUUAGAAUAGAGGGCACAUAAAAAUGUACAAUAUUAACUGUUGCUUCCCAUUUCACAAAGGAAUGUACUGGUUCACUGAAAUGGAAUAAAAAUUCUUAGGAGUUAAACUAAACUA